UCAGUUGCGAUUUUCGGAGCUUGUGUGAUUCUCUUCCGUGUGCGAGCGUGUGCGGGGGUAUGUGUGUAUGUGCUUGCGUGUGCCAUGGCGGCUAACAAGCAAUUGCUGUUCUUUCUUACACAGUCCCGAUGGAACUUCAUGGUUCCCCAAAGAGCAUACACGAAUUUGCAGCACUCAUUUCGUGGGCAACUGCAAGGGCGACAUUAAACAGCACCCAUCCUACAUCCCGUCCAUUUUUCCGCCUGUCUACAGAAAAAAAGGCACCUGACAGGAACAGGGCGCAAAGGUGGCAAACACGUUUCGACAGGGCAGUGUCAUCUCGGAAGCUUCAUGCAGGAGAUGAGGAUCCAUCCCAAAGCACAGCUGAUGGAGCAACAAUGCAGGUUUCAGAAACCUCCAUUCUGGAUGAUGUGCCUCCUAUAACGGAUUUUAGUGAUGCAUCUGUGGAAACAUGCUCAGCUAGUCCUUCGCAUAACGGCAUCGCUGAUUCAGAUCCGUUGGUGCAUGAUGCAGCAGAAGAAAGUAAUUGUGCUCGAAGGAAAGACGCUACAUGCCAAACAGAGGAAUUCACGACUCCAGCAAGGCUGUCUAUACUUCUCUCAGCGACAAAUGGAACGGAGGCGUCUACUCAAGUUGUGCACACAGAAAUGAGUCACAAGGUUGCAAGCACGGAUGGGAAUUGGAAGCGAGACUGUGGAUUUCGGGGCUUUGAGUCUCUAAAGGAAAAGCAAGAGGCACUGCAAGAUUUGUGUGGUGUGACCCUGCAAAUCUUCUGCCUUCUUUUGAAAAUGUUGCCACCACCAAGGUACAGGUGCAAUGCAAUGUCAAAUGAAGAGAAGCUGUGCUUGUUCCUGGCCAAGCUGCGUCUUGGAAUAACGUACAGUGCCCUAGGAGCAGUAUUUAAUGUUACAGCCACAACAGCAUCAACCGUGUUUAGGCAAACGCUUGGUAUUCUGAGCAUUGCCCUGAAGAACUGGGUCUUCAUGCCUACCCGGGAAAUAAUCAAGCUUUCUUUGCCUGACCCAUUUAAAGAAAACUAUCCUAAUUGCACCUUAAUAAUAGACUGCACAGAGAUCCGCACAGAAACACCCUCAAAUCCUGAUUGUCAGCACAUGCUGUAUUCACAUUACAAAGGAGGAUACACACUGAAGGUCUUAGUAGGCAUAAUUCCUAAUGGCAUGAUAAGUUUCAUAUCCAAGGUAUACGGAGGACGACACACUGAUUCGUUUAUAACGCAAGACUGUGGCUUCCUGCAGCUUCUCAAACCAGGGGACUUAAUUUUAAGUGACAAAGGCUUUCCAAGCAUCCGAACAACUGUAGAGGGGAGUGGUGCGGUGCUGCUCAUGCCGCCUUUUAAUUCAGGAGGCGGUCAACUGUCUGCACACGACAUGGAGAUUACGUACAAGAUUGCUUCUGUGCGCAUCCAUGUAGAAAGAGUCAUCCAAAGGUUGAAGAUUUAUCACAUUCUAAGGAACAGAGUACCGCUAAGCCUGGUCCCACACAUGAACAAAGUCAUUUCAGUAUGUGCUGCCCUUGUGAACAUGCAGGCACCCAUAAUCAAGAAAUAAGUGCUUUGCUUCCCGUGAUGUCUAUAAAUUGGUUUAUUUGCUUGCAUUCAUUUUCUACAGUUUCAAGUUAGCGUCAAAGUGACUUGACAACUGCAAUUAUGUACUGGUUAAUGAAUAAAUGUCUACA